AUGGCUCCCGCUGCCGCCCAUGCCGCCGAGGCUAUUGUGUCGUCCAUCGACGUGCAGUCGAUGCCCCCAUUCUGGCGUCGGAAGAAUGGAAUUCUACUGUACUUUCUCCUCACCUCCUCAUUGCUGGCGAGUGCUGCACUCGGUAUCGAUGGCUCCAUGACGAACGGCAUGCAGGUUCUCUCAUCCUGGCAAGACCGUUUCGGGCACCCUGAGGGUUCAACGCUAGGGUUCUUUGGAGCCUCCAGCGCCAUUGGUGGUGUCAUUCCCUUCAUCUUUCUCAGCUGGAUUGGCGACAAAUUUGGUCGUCGUCUCCCUACUGCCCUCGGCUCGGUUGUUAUCAUUACUGGAGUCAUUAUCGAGUUCUUUGCUACCUCGCUGAAUAUGUACAUUGGCGGCAAGAUCGUGCUGGGCGCCGGCUCCUCACUCAUCCAGAUGGGUGCUCCGGUCCUGGUGACUGAACUGUCUCAUCCCAAGGAACGUGUCCAGGUCACGACCUUCUACAACACCUCAAUUGUUCUUGGGUAUGUCAUUGGCGCCUGGGCAACAUUUGGUUGCAAUAAAAUCACCAGCCAGUGGUCAUGGAGGUUGCCCACUCUGAUCCAGGUCCUCCCCUCGGCCUACCAGUUCUGUCUAAUUUGGUUCUGCCCCGAGUCGCCCCGUUGGCUGAUUGCCAAAGGCCGCUUUGAGGAGGCUCGCAACAUCCUCGUGAAGUAUCAUGGCGAGUGCGACCCCAAUUCAGAGCUGGUUAAUAUCGAAUGCGCAGAGAUCCAACAGGCCAUCGACAAGGAAGCCGAAAACAACAUUAGCUGGAAGGACUUCUUCUCGUCUGUCCCCAAUCUGAAGCGCAUUUCCCUCUGCUUUGCCACAGCCGUCUUCAGUCAGAGCUCUGGGAAUUUGCUCGUGUCAAACUACCUAACCCAAAUCUUGAAGGACACGGGCUUGAAGACUUCUUAUGAAAUCACCCUCGUGAACGGGAUGGUCACCCUGUGGCAAUACAUCGUUGCUAUCCUGGUUGCCUUCACGGUCGAUCGAUUCCGGCGUCGGUUCUUCUUCCUGACUGGGUCCGGUGGAGUUGUGGUCACAUUCAUCGUUUGGACAAUAGCCGCGCAGAGAUACCUUGAGCACGGCUCCCUUCCAGCAGGACGAGUGGUCAUCGCCUGUAUCUUUGUCUUCCAAUUCUUCUACACCUUUGCCUGGACGAACCUGAUCGUCACGUACCCACUCGAGGUCGUCACCCUCCAGAUGCGCGCGAAGACUUGGGCAUUCGUGCUUCUCACCAUUCAGGUGGCGUCCAUCUUCGGCAGCUAUGUCAACCCGAUCGGGUUGCAGAACAUCGGUUGGAAGUUUUAUAUCUAUUAUGACAUUUGGGUGUUGCUCAUCUUCCUCAUUGUCUAUUUCUUUUUCGUGGAGACAUCGGGCCCUACGCUGGAGGAAUUGGCUUAUCUAUUUGAAGGGGACGAUGAGAAACAGAGGCUGGCGGAGAAGGUUGAGGUGCAGAAGGAGCAAGUGGUACUCCAAGAGCAUGUGGAGGACAAGAUGCCUUGA